UCAACUGAGUUAACUCAACUCAAACUCGUGCGGAGCACCACCAGAGAUCUCUUCUUUCUCAUGGCCUCCUGUCUGAGAGAGGGAAUCAAUAGAGUAAUAAAUUGCAAUAAGCAUUAGAUGCCAAAGCUCCGAUUUUGCCUGCUCAAUUGCAGAGCACGUUGCCACUCUCUUCUAUCUACCACCAUUACAGAGAAAGUAACUAAAUUACAAAAGCUACUAAAAAAACACCUCUCUUCACCAACUACAAAACAAAACACUCUCUAUCUCUCAACUCUCUUUUCUUUUCUUUUAAUUUGCUACCCCUAUCUCUCUCUAUAUAUAUCCUUUCUUUAUAAAAUUCUCUCUCUUUCCAAGAAACACACGCAAAAUAUUCAUUUUUUUCUUUUCUUGCUCCAACUCUUCUUCUUUUUCUCUUUUCCUUUUUUAUUCCAAGUUUAGAGUGUACCCAUCAUAUCAAAGAACUUAUAGCUUUUUUAGUGUUUCGUGCUUGUUCUUCUUUUGUCUGCAUUCAUGGGUUGUUCAACUGAUGAGUAAAUUUUUCCUUUUGAAAAAAAAAAGGAUAAAAUCUUUAUCUCUAUUCUUAUUCUUCUCUCUUUCACUGUUAUAUUAUAUAUACUUUUUUUUUUGGGUGUGUAUUGUGUUGUGUAUUUCUGUGCGAUUGUUAAAUUUUAAACAAGUAUUUACUGGUGAGGGUGGUAUGUUAGCAAAUGGGUCAUUCUUAAAAUCUCUUCAAGAAUGGAUUUUUUAACUUUCUGAAGACUCCAAUCAUGGAUCUGGAAACUGGGUUUUAUCAAAACCAUGUACAGAAAGAAUCAUGGAAAACAGUAUUAACUUUGGCAUACCAAAGUUUAGGAGUCGUGUAUGGAGAUUUAAGCACUUCACCAUUGUAUGUAUACAAGAGCACGUUUGCUGAAGACAUUCAACACUCAGAGACAAAUGAAGAGAUUUUUGGGGUCCUGUCUUUUGUGUUUUGGACGCUUACUUUAGUCCCUUUGCUAAAGUACGUGUUUAUAGUGUUAAGAGCUGAUGAUAAUGGGGAAGGAGGGACUUUUGCUUUGUAUUCUUUGCUGUGUAGACACGCCCGAGUCAACUCACUGCCUAAUUGUCAGGUAGCAGAUGAGGAACUAUACGAGUAUAAGAAGGAUAGUCUUAGUCCAAUACCAAAUUCAAGUUUUGGUGGGAGACUGAAAUCUACUUUGGAGAAACAUAGGGUGUUGCAGAGGUUUUUGCUUGUGUUGGCUUUGAUUGGGACAUGUAUGGUGAUUGGUGAUGGUGUCUUAACCCCUGCUAUCUCUGUAUUUUCUGCUGUUUCUGGUCUUGAGCUUUCCAUGGCAAAGGAGCAUCAUAAAUAUGUAGAAGUUCCAGUCGCAUGCAUCAUACUGGUAGCAUUGUUUGCCCUUCAACAUUAUGGCACCCACAGGGUUGGAUUCUUGUUUGCGCCUGUGGUUCUAACGUGGCUUUUGUGCAUCAGCACCAUUGGGAUAUAUAACAUUGUACACUGGAACCCUCAUGUGUAUCAAGCCUUAUCACCAUAUUAUAUGUACAAGUUCUUGACGAAAACUCAAAGGGGAGGUUGGAUGUCCUUGGGUGGGAUUCUCUUGUGCAUAACAGGCUCAGAAGCUAUGUUUGCUGAUCUUGGACACUUUUCUCAAUUGUCAAUAAAGAUUGCUUUCACCUCUUUGGUGUAUCCAUCUUUGGUUCUUGCAUAUAUGGGGCAAGCUGCCUAUCUAUCCAAGCAUCAUUUUGAAGAUCGUGAUUACCGAAUUGGAUUUUAUGUUUCUGUACCAGGUAAAUUAAGAUGGCCAGUUCUUGUUAUAGCCAUACUUGCCGCAGUAGUGGGAAGCCAAGCUAUUAUCACCGGGACUUUCUCAAUCAUUAAACAAUGUUCGGCUUUGGGUUGCUUCCCUAAAGUAAAAAUCGUCCACACAUCAUCCAAAAUUCAUGGUCAGAUCUAUAUACCAGAGAUUAACUGGACAUUGAUGCUGUUAUGCUUGGCUGUCACUGUUGGUUUCAGAGACACAAGACGCUUGGGCAAUGCUUCAGGUUUGGCAGUUAUAACUGUUAUGCUGGUUACUACCUGCCUAAUGUCUUUGGUUAUUGUCUUAUGCUGGCACAAGAGUGUCUUCCUCGCAUUAUGCUUUGUGUUCUUCUUUGGCGCAAUUGAAGCUCUCUACUUCACUGCUUCCCUCAUAAAGUUCCUAGAAGGGGCCUGGGUGCCUAUUGCACUCUCAUUCAUCUUCUUGAUCAUUAUGUGUGUUUGGCACUAUGGCACACUGAAAAAAUAUGAAUUUGAUGUCCAAAACAAGGUCUCUAUUAACUGGCUAUUAAGUUUGGGGCCCAGCCUUGGUAUUGUGCGUGUCCGGGGAAUUGGCCUCAUACACACUGAGCUUGUGUCUGGAAUUCCAGCAAUCUUCUCUCACUUCGUCACCAACCUUCCAGCAUUUCACCAAGUCCUUGUUUUUCUCUGCAUUAAAUCUGUCCCAGUUCCACAUGUUAGACCUGAGGAGAGGUUUCUAGUUGGUCAUAUUGGUCCUAGAGAAUAUAGACUGUAUAGGUGCAUUGUACGGUAUGGGUACUGUGAUGUCCACAAGGAUGAUAUGGAGUUUGAGAAGGAUCUUGUAUGUAGCAUUGCAGAGUUUAUACGGUCAGAGAGCAUGGAACCCAAUGGUACAAGUAAUGAUAUAGUGAAGGAAGAUGAUAAAAUGACAGUAGUCGGGACUUGUUCUGCGCAUUCAGAUGGAAUCCAAUUGAGUGAGGAUGAAGUUGAUAACAUAGCCAGCACAUCGGAGUUGAGAGAAAUAAGAUCUCCACCGGUGAUCCACCCUAGGAAAAGAGUGAGAUUUAUCAUCCCAGAAAGCCCGAAGAUCGACAGAGUUGCAAGGGAAGAGUUGCAUGAACUCAUGGAAGCAAGGGAAGCUGGGGUUGCUUAUAUGCUAGGGCACUCAUAUAUGAGAGCCAAGCAAGGAUCUAGCAUGAUAAAGAAGCUUGUAAUUAAUUAUGGGUACGAGUUCCUAAGGAGGAACAGCAGGGCAUCUGCAUAUCAGCUAAGUGUACCGCAUGCAUCUACUCUAGAAGUAGGAAUGAUCUACAAUGUCUAAUUUUUGGUUAUACAGGAUAAUACUUUUCUUGUACAUUUUGUAAUAUUGUGCAAUAGAUCAACAGCCACCACAGUUAAAAAUGGUGGAUGAUAGAGCUACCCUA